AUGGCCAUUAAUAAUGGCAAAUGGGAAAUAUUUUCAAAAUAUGCAAAGUUAUUUGAAGAUAAACAUCCUGAAGUUGAGGUGAAGCUAAUGGUUUUGUCAAGAAGAGUGGUAGCGAGUUACCGGCAAGGUUGUCUUUCCAAAGCACGUCUCUUGUUUGAUGAUUAUGAUAAACUUUUAUCGAAAGCAAACGAUAUCUUGAUUUUCGAAGUGAUUUAUUUGUGUUUGAAAGCAGCUUUAAAGCGUGCGGAAAAGGAACUCGAAGCUGCUAGGGAAUUAUUGAAAAGUGCUUUGUUAAAGGCGGACCAGUUAACACCAGGGAUUAUUACAGCAGUGCCAUUAUUAUUCGUGGCAAUGAAUCAAAACUCUGGACUAAAUGAGAAUGGACCAUCGUCUGCCGAACUUUCUAGGAAG